AUGGUUCUUCCCUCUCUCUUCACCAAAUCGUCCAAGAAGUCCAAAAGCCACACGGUCCCUAAUCUUGCGCCCCCAAAGCCAGCAAGCAGCAGCAAUCCGGGCACCCCUCCCUUGUCGCCCGACAAAACCUCGCACUCGCGGGUGAAGGACAGGGAGCGCACUAGCAGCCGCCGCUCCAGCUCUUACUCGUCGCGCCGCUCGUCCAAGUACGACGACGACUCCCACCCGCUUAAUCUCCCGCCCGAGCAGCGGAAACGCUUCUCAGCCAUGUCCCAGAUGGCCGACCAGCCCUCGCCCCAGCCCAUGGACAUUGACCGGGACGCCUCGUCGUCGCCCGCGCCUGCACCAUCGAGCCCGGCGGCCGCACAGGCCCCAAAGGCCAACGGCGUGAACGGCAACGGCAACGGCAACGCCCACGACGACAGCCGCCCAGCUCCCCCUCCGCACAGAUACACCACGAGCCCGCCGCCGCAGGGCACAAACUACGCAGCCACGCCCGAGGCGGCAGCAACCCCGCCCGCCGAAAUUCCCACCAUCGACGCCGAGGAAUACAAGGCUGCCGGCAACAAGUUCUUCAAGAUCAAGGACUACCCCGCCGCCAUCAAGGAGUACUCGAGAGGUGCGUUGUGCUACUGUCCAAUCGAGGCCGACCCCAACAAUGCCACCUACUACUCGAACCGCGCGGCCGCCUACAUAUCCGCAAACCGCUUCUACGAGGCCCUGGAGGACUGCAAGAUGGCCGACGAGCUCGACCCCGACAACAUGAAGAUUCUGCUGCGGUUAGGCCGCGUGUACACGAGCCUGGGACGGCCAGACGAGGCUGUGCACGUCUACAACCAGAUCAAUGCCACGGCCAAGGACAUGCAGCCCGCACUGAGCAUGCAGAAGCACCUGCGGACGGCCGAGGAAACUUCACGCAAGGAGAACGGCUCCGGCUCAAUGGUCAUAUACGCCCUGAACGAGGCUGAGAAGGGUCUCGGCAUUGGCGUCGACAAGCCGCGGAAAUGGCAGCUCAUGCGCGGCGAGGCACACUUGAAGAUGGGCAACCCGAAUGCUCUUGGGGAAGCCCAGAACGUGGUCAUGUCUAUUCUGCGGAACAACAACCAGGACCCGGACGCGCUCGUGCUCCGCGGCCGCAUCCUCUACGCCCAGGGCGAGAACGACAAGGCGCUACAGCACUUUAGGCAGGCGCUGAGCUGCGAUCCCGACUUCAAGGCUGCGGUCAAGUACUUGCGGAUGGUGCAGAAGCUGGAGCGCAUGAAGUCGGAGGGCAAUGCUUCCUUCAAGGCAGGCAGGUACCAGGAGGCUGUCAACACUUAUACCGAGGCGCUUGCCGUAGACCCCUUGAACAAGAACACAAACUCAAAGAUUUUGCAGAACCGAGCACUCUGCAACUCGCGGUUAAAGCAAUGGAAGGCCGCGGUUGCCGACUGUGACAAGGCGCUCGAGCUCGACCCCAGCUACACCAAGGCGCGGAAGACCAGGGCGAAGGCCCUGGGAGAGUCUGGCAACUGGGAGGAGGCCGUGCGGGAACUCAAGGCCAUGUACGAAGCCAACCCCUCCGAGCCCGGUCUCGCCAAGGAGAUCCGGGACGCCGAGCUGGAGCUCAAGAAGAGCAAGCGGAAGGACUACUACAAGAUUCUCGGGCUCGAGAAGGACUGCACCGAGACGGAGGUCAAGAAGGCAUACCGGAAACUGGCCAUUGUCCACCACCCCGACAAGAACCCCGGUGACGAAGACGCGGCAGACCGAUUCAAGGAGAUCCAAGAAGCACACGAGACAUUGAGCGAUCCGCAGAAGCGUGCACGGUACGACUCUGGCGAGGAUCUUGUCGACCCCUCCGACAUGUUUGGCGGAGGUGGCGGCGGCGGCGGCUUCGGUGGUGCUGGCGGCAUUGAUCCCGAGAUCUUAAUGCAAAUGUUCGGCGGCGGCAUGGGAGGUAUGGGCGGCGGCGGCCGAGGCGGUGGAGGAGGCUUCCACUUCGCGAGCGGUGGCGGCGGCAGUCCCUUUGGCGGUAUGGGCGGCAUGCCCGGCGGCCAACGAAGAGGCCAAGGACCUCCCGGCGGCUUCCCCUUCUAA